GUUACUGUAAUGUGUAAAGCCAUAAUUAAAAAGCAGGUCAGACCAACCAAGAGUAUAUAAAUCAGUGUCUUCUCUUCUUCUUUAUCAUUCACUCAUCAUAACCAAACUUCUUCUACUCCUUAUAUUACUAUAUAUCCAAAAUCUUAAACCCUAAAAGCUCACUUGUUAAUAAAAACCAAAUAAAGAAACAGAAAAAUGGGAGUUGCAGGCACUGUGGAAUACUUAUCUGAUUUACUCAGCAGUGUCAAGAAACCUAAGAAAAAGAAGCAAACACAAACUGUAGCUCUCAAAAUCAGAAUGGACUGUGAUGGCUGUGCACGUAAAGUCAAGAGUGUCCUCUCCGGCGUUAAAGGAGCUAAAUCAGUGGACGUAGACUUGAAGCAGCAGAAGGUGACGGUGACUGGUUACGUGGAGCCUAAGAAAGUAUUGAAGGCAGCUCAAUCAACAAAAAAGAAGGUCGAGAUGUGGCCUUAUGUUCCUUACACUUUCGUAGCUAAUCCAUAUGUGUCUCAAGCAUAUGACAAGAAGGCGCCGCCUAAUCACGUCAGAGCUGUUCCGGUCACCGCCACCAUUACUGAAACCACCGUGGACGAUCAGUACACCAACAUAUUUAGUGAUGAAAACCCAAAUGCUUGCUCCAUCAUGUAGUUAUUGUGAUCAAUAAUUAAUAAUUAAGUUUCUGCAUGAUUCAUAUAAUACUGUAUAUGAAAUUUUGGUGACGUUGAUAUAUAAAUUAUAAUCAUGUCUUUUUUCUAGAGAAAAUAAUUGUUUUGAUUGGACGUACGUGGCCAUUAGAUGGUAUAUGUGGGUUAUUAAUUAAGGGACAGCUAAGUAUGUUUCUGAUUAUUAAAUACAUAUAUAAAACAAGAUUAGACAAAUAUAUAUUCAAGGUCUCACCGGUACAGUAAUGGACGUUUUAAAUAUUUUUGAA